CAAGCCUGAUAGCUGAUACGAGAGUCUCAUUGAAUUCUUGCCGUCGGCAUCACUAGGCUCUUGAGACGGAUAUCUGACUUAUACAGCCAUGGUUCUUGCCGCAGUUGGGCAGAUAUGCUCAACCGCAUCCAUGGCCCAUAACCUGGCGCAAUGCCAAAAGCUCGUAUCUAAGGCUGUCGCCGCUGGUGCAAAGGCCCUCUUCCUCCCUGAAGCUUCCGACUACAUAGCCUCGUCGGCGACCGAAUCAGUAUCACUUUGUCAAGACGCCUCCAAGAGUCCUUUUGUCCGCGGUCUACAACAGGCUGCCAGAGAAAACAGCCUAUCGAUCAAUGUAGGAAUCCAUGAGCCCACAGAACCACCAUCCAAGAGAAUCAGAAACACCUUGAUAUGGAUCGACAAAGAGGGCGAUAUUGUCCAUCGAUACCAGAAAUUACACGUUUUUGAUAUCGAUCUGCGACCAGAUGGUCCCAAACUGAAAGAGAGUGAUUCUACAGAACCUGGACACGAAACCGUGGCGCCCUACUCCAACACACUAGGCAAGAUCGGAAGUCUGAUAUGCUUCGACCUACGCUUUCCAGAACCUGCACUGAGAUUGCGUCGCUUGGGCGCUGAGGUCAUACUGUAUCCCUCUGCCUUCACUGUUCCGACGGGCAAGUUGCAUUGGGAGGUUCUGAUGCGAGCAAGAGCCAUCGAGACGCAAAGCUGGGUCAUCGCAGCAGCACAAUGUGGCAGACACAACGAGAAGCGUGUCAGUUAUGGCGAUGCGAUCGUCAUCACACCCAAUGGUCAGAUUGCCGGACGAUUGGACCAUGUCGAUGACCUCGAGGACGAGAAGGAAAAUGCUCGGGAGCCAGACCUGCUCACCAUUAACAUCGACCUAGAGUCAGUCAAGACCGUGAGGAAAGGCAUUCCGUUGCUGCGCAGAACCGACGUCUACCCGGAAGUCUGAAUCAGGCUAUCAAGUUACUCACCAUCAGACAUCUAAAACAGUGGCUGCGGAAGACGACUCUAUCUCAUAGCACUGACCGCACGAUGCUCGUCUCCCCCGCCUGCGGGUAGGGUUCACCAAGGUCUUGCGUCUCGCUGAGACUAAUGAAGAGUUUGCCUCUCAGCCGACCCGAUCUCGGGUGCUUCUGCUGGUACCUCUCAGGCAGUAAAGCCAGUUAAUAAAGGCAUUGCAUGUUGCAGAUCUUGCAAGGACCGACCAUAUUAAGAAGUAUCCAUGUCGAAGUAGGCGGCACUCAGUGCUGUCACCUGUAUUGAGGAUGAUAUCACUUGUACCGGCCCGUACCUAUAUCCAUAAAGUAGGCAUAUGCCAGUGGCGAGCGACGUUCUUCUCUGUGACAAUUCAUCAACGAUUAGAUAUAGAUUUACGAUGGUCCAUAGUGCAGACAAUAGACAUAUCAACGAA